AUGCCAAUUACAUUUCAGCCAGUUUCGAGUGCGGCCGCUAGCCUUCGAAGUGAACCCCUGCUGAGCCCGCCCCGAUCACACACCGGCUCCGAAGACGUUCCUUUCAAGGCGGAUGACAGUGAUCAAACCAGUCUAAGCAUGAAAAAGGGAAGAAGCCGCCGGCGUUCUCGCCAGCUUCCAUUUGGUGAAUCCGCAGUCCGCUCAGGCCGGCAUUCCAUGGUGACAAGAUACCACAACUCCCGCAAACCCCGGAAGCCAGGUCCCGCAUGUUCCUUCCUCCCACUGCGAAAAUCUCGUUCUCAGCCAUCCAUCCACUCUCGGUCUGUCACUGGUUCUGUUGAGCUACUUUCAAGCCGAGAGUUGCGAGCACGGCGAUGGACAGUCCCUUCUAAGGCCUCUUCAACUAGAGCACUGGCCACAGUCGUCCCACUCCAGGAAGUCGCCGAUCGACGCCCAACCAAGAAGUCCAAGUCCUCUCUAAGUCCCGCAAUGAUUACCCUGCGUCGCGCAACCACAGCAGGCUCUCAGCGAAGACUGUCACUAACCUCCUUCCCUCCCCCAAAAUUUGGUCGUAGGAGUAGCGGUUUCCUCUCGACCAUUUUCAACACAAUCACAACGGGUCACCAUGACGCUACUUCUUCUUUUACGAAUGCGCAGACAAAUUCACAGAAAGCCUCGUUCAUCACCAGCAGCAGUGGCGAAGUGCGUCCUGCUACGAGUACCAUCGCUCCUCCAGUUCGUACCGAAGUGGUGGCGCUGGACACCCCCGUUUCUUUUCCCGGGCAGGUCUAUACACCGCAGCCCGGGCGCCGAUGUUCGACUCGAUACAUUUCUGACGACGGGGUGUACGAGAUCAUUUGGGACCAGAGUGGCUCUACUACCACCUCCGAGGGAGCGGCUCCUAGCCCUCAAAGUAGAGAAUGGGCGCUUGGGCGCCGUGGUUCUGGUGACACAGAGCCCGUGGAAAGGCGGCUCUCGAGAGCUCUCAUCCAGUCCAGAAGAACUUCUCUGCAAGGAGCGGCAAGCCGACGAGGAUCAUACUGGCCGACUAGCGAAACAACGUAUGCGCAAGGGCUACUCGAUUUGUUUGACAGUCCAAAAUUGGCCCGGCUUGCACGAGAAACAGCAUUCCGGAAUUUACCUCGUUCCAGAGCCUCAAAGACAACCCUGGCCCCGGAGAUUGCGCGGAUGGAUAUCACUCAGCAAAUGGUGGUCGAGCCACUGGGUCAACAGGAGGAAGAUCAGGUCGUGGAUUUCUUCCCUCCAUUCCAGAGUCGAUUGAGCAUGGCUGGAAGCACGAAACUACAUGAUCCGUUUCCUAGAUGGGCUGAACGGGGGCAAGAGGCGCAUGAGCACCUGUGUACGCCAGUCCCAGGGAGCCCAGGGGGGGAGGCAGCCUGGAGUAGGAGAAGCAGCUACGGUAGCAUGAUUGGAAUCAGCAGACACAUCAAACGGAGAAGCGUCUCUGCUGGUCCGCAUUCCUAUUUAAAUGUCAGCGAGGGUUGCGAUGCUGGCAACCGAAGCAGCUGUAGAUCUUAUGGAAAGGGGCUUGAUGAUGACACUGCACCGCUGCUGGGUGCCACGUGA